AUGCCGAGGUACACGGUGCACGUCCGAGGAGAGUGGCUGGCAGUGCCGUGCCUCAGCUGCACAAACACGAUCAGGUGGCUGGGAAAGGAAGCUGUGAGACGCUACAUGAAAAACAAACCUGACAAUGGGGGAUUUGCCUCAGUGGAAGAAGUGAAAUUUUACAUUCGAAGGUGCAAGGGACUUGGCUUGCUGGAUCUUGAUGAUACAGUGGAGGAUGCUCUAGAGGACAACGAAUUUGUUGAAGUUGUUAUAGAAGGAGAUAUAAUGUCUCCAGAUUUCAUACCAUCUCAGCCAGAAGGAGUUCAUUUAUACAGCAAAUACCGAGAACCAGAACAGUAUAUUUCUUUAGAUGGCAACAGCUUAACAACAGAGGACUUGGUCAACUUAGGAAAGGGGCUCUACAAGAUAAAGCUCACACCUGAGGCUGAAGCUAAAGUCAAACAAUCACGAGAAGUGAUCGAAAGGAUUGUAAAAGAACAGAAGGUUGUUUAUGGAAUCACCACCGGGUUUGGGAAGUUUGCCAGGACUGUCAUUCCAAUCAGUAAGCUGAGGGAGCUUCAAGAGAACUUGGUUCGUUCGCAUUCUGCAGGUGUGGGGAAGCCUUUGAGCCCAGAGAGAUCUCGCAUGCUGUUGGCGCUGAGGAUCAAUGUUCUAGCAAAAGGAUACAGUGGAAUAUCCCUAGAAACACUUCAGCAAGUUAUUGAAGCAUUUAAUGCAUCCUGCCUUCCUUAUAUCCCUGAGAAAGGGACCGUUGGAGCCAGCGGAGACUUAGCCCCCCUCUCUCAUCUUGCUCUGGGAUUAAUCGGAGAGGGAAAGAUGUGGUCCCCAAAGAGUGGCUGGGCUGAUGCUAAAUAUGUCCUGGAAGCCCAUGGUCUGAGACCAGUUAGCUUGAAAUCAAAAGAGGGUCUGGCUCUGAUCAAUGGGACACAAAUGAUCACCUCGCUGGGAUGUGAAGCAGUUGAAAGAGCUGGUGCUAUUGCUAGACAAGCUGACAUAAUUGCUGCCCUUACGCUUGAAGUCUUGAAGGGUACAACAAGGGCCUUUGACACUGAUAUUCACGCAGUGCGCCCACAUCGAGGGCAGGCUGAAGUGGCAUUUCGAUUCAGGUCCCUUCUAGAUUCUGACCAUCAUCCGUCAGAAAUAGCAGAGAGCCAUAGGUUCUGUGACCGAGUUCAGGACGCGUACACAAUGCGCUGCUGCCCUCAGGUCCACGGAGUUGUAAAUGAUACAAUUGCUUUUGUGAAGGAAAUCAUGACAACGGAAAUCAAUAGUGCCACGGACAACCCUAUGGUAUUUGCUGAAAGAGCAGAGACCAUUUCUGGAGGAAAUUUUCAUGGUGAAUAUCCUGCAAAGGCUCUGGACUAUUUGGCAAUCGGUGUGCAUGAACUUGCUGCAAUUAGUGAAAGAAGAAUUGAGAGGCUCUGCAACCCCUCACUCAGCGAACUGCCUGCAUUUUUAGUCACCGAAGGAGGUCUGAACUCUGGCUUCAUGAUUGCACACUGCACAGCAGCUGCCCUGG